AAAGUUGGUCGAAAAUUGGGUACUGCGUAAAACAUCGGCGACAGUAAUGCAAAGGUAAUAAAGGCAUAGCCGCUUCCGCGUUUAAUGUUAUUUUGCUUAAAAACACAAAACAAAAUAGAAAUUGCCGGUCUUAUUUAGUAAGAGGAUUAUAAAGAACUUGGCAUUUUUGUGAAUAAUGAGACUUUAAAAACCGGCCUAUUAAAACAAAACACAAUAAGUCGCGAUGUCACAGCAGCAACAGGGCUCAAAGAAAAAAGAUAAACGCAUUUUUUCAGGAAUCUGCCCGGAUCCAAAAUGCCAGGCGAGGUUAUUCUUUCCUGCUUAUGGAUCAGGUAGUAUAGAGUGCACGGACUGCGGUCAGCGUCAUGAGCAGAAAACGCUUUUGAACGUUAAAGAAAUAACUGACCCGGACGUGGUGCUGCAUAAUCUGCUGAGGAAUGCUUUGCUUGGAGUCACUGGAGCUUCCAAAAAGGGUACUGAGCUGGUCAAGGUAAUGGGACUGUCCAACUACCACUGCAAGCUGUUAUCACCUAUUCUAACUAGAUAUGGCAUGGAUAAACAGACUGGGAAAGCCAAGUUACUGAAGGAGAUGAAUCAAGGGGACAUGUUUGAUUGUUCUCUUCUGGGAGAUCGUGCUUUUCUUAUUGAACCAGAACAUGUAAAUACUGUUGGGUAUGGCAAAGAUCGGUCAGGCAGUCUAAGCUAUCUGCAUGAUACAUUAGAAGAAAUAAAGAAGUACAGUGGCUAUCAAGAAUGCUUGAUUCCUGUUCACGUUGACGGUGAUGGACAUUGUUUGGUUCAUGCAGUGUCUCGGGCCCUAGUAGGUAGGGAGUUAUUUUGGCAUGCUUUAAGAGAAAAUCUUAAGCGGAAUUUUAAACAACAUUUGGAUAGUUAUAAAGCACUCUUUCAGGACUUUAUUGAUGCUGCAGAGUGGGAAGAUAUUAUUAGUGAAUGUGAUCCUUUAUUCAUCCCACCUGAAGGGGUACCACUAGGUCUUCGUAAUAUUCAUAUAUUUGGAUUAGCAAACGUGUUGCAUCGUCCCAUAAUUUUGUUAGAUUCUUUAAGUGGAAUGAGAAGUUCAGGAGAUUAUUCAGCCACUUUUCUUCCUGGGUUAAUACCUGUUGAAAACUGCAUGGGAAAAGAUGGACAGUUGAAUAAGCCUAUUUGUAUUGCAUGGAGUAGUUCUGGUCAUAACCACUAUAUACCACUUGUUGGAAUAAAAGGUGCUUCCUUGCCAAAAUUGCCUUCUAGAUUGCUUCCUAAAGCUUGGGGUGUUCCUCAGGAGAUCAUUAGGCGUUACAUCAGGUUAGAAACAGAUGGCAGUUGUAUACUUGGUGGAGACAGAAGUCUUCAAGACAAAUAUUUGUUAAGACUAGUUACUGCAAUGGAAGAAGUAUUCAUGGAAAAACAUGGCAUCCAUCCAUCAUUAGUAGCAGAUGUUCAUCAGUAUGUUUACAGGCGAACAGGGGUGAUAGGUGCACACCCUGAUGAAGUUACAGAAGCUGCAAAGAAGGCAGUGCUGGAAAAUCGUUUACACAAGUGCUUGAUUUGUGGAGCACUCUCUGAACUCAAUAUUCUUCCAGAAUGGUUGGCCCCAGGUGGAAAGUUGUAUGAUCUGGCAAAGGCUACACAUGGUCAACUCAGAUCUGACAAGAACUACAGCUUCCCAUUGAACAACUUGGUGUGUUCUUACGAUCCUGUAAAGGAUGUUUUAGUACCAGAUUAUGGGGCAAGCAGCCUUAAUGCCUGCAAUUUAUGUUCUAGUGCCUCAGUGCGGCGUGUCCGAGGGGAUGGCUCAGUUGUAUAUAUGGAUGGAGACCGAACUAAUAUCAGAUCAAAUGGUGGCAAAUGUGGCUGUGGAUUUAAACAUUAUUGGGAAGGUAAAGUGUACGACAAUCUUCCUGAAGCUUUUCCCAUUACUCUGGAAUGGAAUGGAAGAGUUGUGAGAGAAACUGUGUACUGGUUCCAGUAUGAAAGUGAUUUGUCUCUGAACAGCAAUGUUUAUGAUGUUGCUAUUAAGCUUGUUACCAAGCAUUUUCCAGGUGAAUUUGGAAGUGAGAUUUUGGUUCAGAAAGUUGUCAACACAAUAUUGCAUCAUACUGCUAAAAAGAACCCAGAUGAAUAUACUCCUGUCAGUAUAGAUGGUGCUCAUGCACAGAGAACAGAUGACAUUCAGCAGAGGCAGCCUUCAGAUCCCCCAACAAAAAUUAUUCUCACUGGUCAGAAAAGUAAAACAUUGCAUAAAGAAGAGUUGAAUAUGAGUAAAACUGAAAGAACGAUUCAGCAGAAUAUUACAGAACAUGCGUCUGUAGUGCAGAAACGCAAGACAGAGGCGUUAAAGCAAGAGCAAAAAGGAUUAGGAAGGUCUGUUUCCCCCAUUUCUGCUCAAGUUGGUACCUCAUCUGCUCCUGUUACUCCCACAAAAACACCAUAUUCUCCGUCUGCCAUAAAAGAAAAAAAGAUCAGAAUCACAACCAAUGAUGGACGCCAGGCAACACUGACUCUUCAGCCGUCUACAACAUUUGCUGAUUUGCAGGAAAGCAUAGCCAAAGAAUUUAAAGUGCCUCCCCAUUUACAAAGUAUACGCUGUGGCUUUCCACCAAAAGAACUUUUGCCUCCUAAGGAAGAAGAGAAAAAUGAGCCAGUUUCAUUGCAACAUGGUGACAGGGUAACAGUAGAAAUUUUGAAGGAUGUUAAGGAUACCGCAGAUGAAGUAAACUUGCAUGCUUCAGUAUCUGUGGCCCAUUCUAUAAAAAAAGAAGAUGCUUCAGGUUUUGGUAAACUGUCCAUGAAAGAACAGCAAGAACAUAUAGAUCUGGAAAUGUCAUCACUGUGUCUUCUGGCAACUUUGAUGGGAGAAGAUGUAUGGUCCUACGCAAAGAAGCUACCUUACUUGUUCCAGAAUGGUGGUGUGUUCUACAACAUAAUGAAGAAAGAUAUGGGUUUGGUUGAUGGCAAGCACUGCACACUUCCCAAUCUCACUGGGAAAACCUUUGCAUACAAUGCUGCAGAAGACAGGUUAGAAUUAUGUAUGGAUCCAGCAGGACAUUUCCCAAUUGGUCCUGAUGUAGAAGAUUUGGUUAAAGAAGCGUUGAAUCAGCUGAGAGCAGAAUCUACAUCUAGAAGCAGGGAGGGAAGUCCUUCUCAUGGAGUUCUGAAGAUUGGUAGUGGAGGAGUUGUAAAGAAGAAAUCUGAACAGGUUUCUAAUGUUACAGCUUUCCAAGGAAAGGGGCAUUCUCUGGGGACUGCAUCUGGCAGCCAGCAGCUUGAACAGAAGUCUAGAGGGACAUCAAUACCCAGGAAACACAGCACUGGAACUGAUGUAAGUAAUGCUGUAGGUGAGAAAGAAUCCUCUAUACCUGCAUCUGCUGCCAGUAGCAGUGAGCUUAUUCGCAUAGCUCCUGGGGUUUCAGCAAUGAGAGACAGCAGACAACUUGACCCUACAGUCAUUGAAGCUCAAAGGAGAAAGUUUCAGGAAAUCGUUUCCUCUAUCCAAGCUUCAGUGGACAAGCACAUGAGGGAUCAAAAUGCAGAGGUGUCUUUACCACCUGAACAGUCUCCAAAAAAGUUGGAGACUGUAAGUUCUCCAGCCAGAACUGAAGAGUCCCACCUGAAUGCAGGAGGUACAAAUUUAACUAGUGAACCUGAGCCUUUGCAUAUGGAAACUGUGCCUGAUGAUACUUUGGCUGGAGCAGAGCUCACUGACCAUUCAGCUGCUGUGUCUAAAACACAGGAAGGAACUAUGGAAGAAUCUGAAGACAUGGACAGCCAAGAUGCAGAGGCUAUUAAUGUAGCUGAACCUAUGGAUCAUCCAUAAUUAGUAAAAAAAAAAAAUUUAGAAAGGUAUAAACUGUCAAAAAGACUGUAUACUAGAUUGCUGUUGGUUGGACCACAGUAGUGUGGUUGGAAGAGUUUUUGUUUUGUUGAAGGAAAUACAAUUGUCAUUAAAUCUGUACCACUGCAUGAUA